AGUCCCGAGGUCUGGUACCAAACACGCGGGCACGCAGCUGCAGCAGGCGGGCGGCUCCAGCGCGGGGCCGGGCAGCGGAGGCGGCUGGGGCGGGGCGGCCCCGGCAGGUGACGGUCGCGCCGGCUCCCAGCGGCUCCAUUGCCCCCGACGGACGGGGCGUGCGAGGGCCGGGCUGCGAGGCGGUGCCCGGGAACGGCGCCGCACGCCUGCCUCAGGGCCUCUUGUCGGGCGCGGCGUCCGGCGGCGGCGCGGCGGGGCCGUGUGGGGCCGCGGGCGGCUGGAAGAGCGGCCCGUAGAUGUAGAGCCCGCUGGCCACGCCGAGCGCCACGGCCACCGCCACGUGCUGCAGCGGCAGCCGCCCCCUCAUGCCGGCAGGCGGUGCUGCCACGAUCACGGACACGCGUGGGGCGGGCGGGCGCGCAACGCGGCGCGGCCCCGGCUCGGCUUCGGCCCGCGGCCCCGGCGCCCUCACCUGAACGCGGGACACGGCAGAGCCCCGGCUUCCCGCUGGCUGCAGGCAGCGGACGGAAGUACCGGCGCUGUCCCGCCUCCCGCGGUCGCGCAUGCCCCGGCGGGGGAGGCGGCGGGGGAGCUGCGGCGCGGAUGCCGGAGGCGGUGCGGCUCCGCAAGCGGCGGUCGGUGCUGUACAGCUCGGCCGGGGGAACAGCCGCGCAGCGACGCGCCGACCAGCUUCGUCCCGGACGAGUACUGGCAGUCGCUGGAGGUGGCCCAUCGCAUGGUCUUCAAUUAUGGUUACCUGACUUGGGAAUGGACAAGUAGCUUAAGGGGCUACUCGUACCCACUGAUUUUUGCAAGCAUGUACAAAGCAUUACAGCUGCUGGCUAAGGAUAAUGUUCAGCUGCUGAUCUGGGUCCCUAGGCUUGCACAGGCAGUGCUGGCUGCUUUUGCUGAUGUGAAGCUUUACUCAUUAGUGCAACACCUUGAAAAUUCAGAGACGGCAAAGUUCGUGUUCUUCUGCCAACUCUGUUCGUGGUUUACAUGGUAUUCCUGUACCAGAACUCUAACAAACACCAUGGAGACUAUUCUUACCAUUUUUGCUCUUUCCUACUAUCCGAUAAAAGGCUCCAAGAUGGGGAACAGUUGUAAGUAUUUAGCUUUGGUUGCACUUGCCAUUGUUAUUCGUCCCACUGCUGUUAUCCCGUGGAUGCCUUUGGUCUUCAGCCAUUUUUUGCAAGAACAGAGGAAAGCAGACCUUAUCCUACACAACUGCAUUCCAGUUGGAUUGGUCACAGUAGGAACCUCUUUAAUAAUUGACCGUGUGUUUUUUGGUGAGUGGGUACUGGUUCAGCUGAACUUCUUGAAAUUCAACGUGCUGCAGAAUUUGGGAACAUUUUAUGGCUCUCACCCUUGGCACUGGUACUUCACUCAGGGACUCCCAGUUGUCCUGGGUCCCCACCUGCCGUUCUUUAUUCACGGCUGUGCGCUGGCACCAAGGCGGUACCGCAUCCUUCUGCUGGCAGUGAUCUGGACACUGCUGGUGUACAGCACACUGAGCCAUAAGGAAUUCAGGUUCAUCUAUCCAGUACUGCCAUUCUGCAUGAUUUUUUGUGGAUAUUCUUUGAGAUACCUGAAAGCAUGGAAGAAAACUGCAGCAAGUUUCCUGCUGUUAUCCAAUUUAGUCCCAGCCCUGUACACAGGCUUGGUUCACCAGCGGGGGACUCUGGACGUUAUGAGUCACAUCCAGCAGCUCUGCAAUCACUCUCAGCAGUCCCAAGCUUUUGUCUUCAUCCUGAUGCCGUGCCACUCUACCCCAUUUUACAGUCAUGUUCACUGUCCUCUAAAAAUGAGAUUCCUUCAGUGUCCCCCAAACCUAACUGGCAAUGCGAGCUACGUUGAUGAAGCAGAUGUGUUUUACUCUAACCCACUUGGCUGGCUGAAUAAGGAGUUCUACAAUGACACGUUAUUACCCAGUCACUUGAUCCUCUUCAAUGUGCUAGAACAGGAAAUAUCAUCAUUUCUAGCUUUAAGGGGCUAUGAGAAAACAGCCACUGUUUUUCAUACUCAUGUACCUCAAGGACGAGUUGGAAGCCACAUCUCCAUCUACAGGAGAAAAACUGAAAUGAAUUAUCCCUGAAGAUCAAGCUGGACCUCGGACCUAAUGAGAUCAGUUUUGCAUAUCAGUAGCUAUGCUUACAUCUGGUACUGCAGAAAGGAGAAAGCAGUGAGUCUGAAACUGGGGGAGUCAGUGGGAAGUCCCAUGAGGCAGCCAGUGGCUGCCUGCAAACACAUAAACCUCCUCCUGAAGGCAGCUUCAGUAGCAGUAGGGCAGGGUGGGGCUGCUGACCUACCUUACAACACUAGAAAACAUUAGGAAGACCAAAAUUACCAUAUGAACACUAAAGCAAUAAAAUACAGACAAGACUGGACCGUUUUUAUAGAACUGUACAGCUAUGCUGAGUUUCUUUUAUAAAUAAAGACUUUUACCCACAA